CACCAUGCAGCUCCCGCCCGGCGCCGUGGUGCUCCUGGGGCUCCUGGGGGCCCUGCGCGCUGCCACCAUAGGUCUUCUUGAGCUCUCCUUGGGAAAAUUCAGAAAUGUGCUACUUAACCAGACCAAUUCAGUGGAAGCUGUAAUCAGGAAUGUUGCAAGCAAUGUGACUGUUGUUAUUUUUCAAGUACAUGCCCAGCAAAACAAUGUGGUGAUAUCCUUUGAUAAGAAUCCCUCUGUGAACAGCUCAGGAACUGGAGUAGACAAAGGAUUGAUUUCCAUUCUUCAGCCUCAACAGAGUGUAUGUACGUGGUACCUUCGGUCAGUGGAUGCUAACCAGGUGUUAAGCACAGCUAUCUCUAUUCCUUAUAUGGAGAAAGAUCCUAUUCCUGGAGGCUGCAAUCUAGAAUUUGACUUGGAAGUGGAUCCCAAUAUUUACCUAGACUAUACCUUGGUUGAUGUAUACAUCAAGUUUGCCCCUGCGAACUUGGGAUAUGCCAGAGGAGCAAAUCCACCAUCUUGUGAUUCAGGGACUGAUCAGAACUCCAGAUGGCGACUGCAUUAUGAUGUCUAUCAGUACUUUUUACCAGAGAAUGAUCUUUCUGAGAUGGUACUCAUGAACCACAUCCGGAAGAUGUCUGAGGUGCACAGUAUCAAAGCUAAUGGCAUUAAAAUGCUUACACUGACAGCUGAUGACAAGACCAAUGUCUACUUUUCCUCGCUACCUGGGCAAGGUGUGAUCUACAAUGUCAUAGUACGGGAUCCUCUUUGGAAUACUUCUGCUGCAUACAUACCUGUGCAUACAUAUGCCUGCAGCUUUGCUGACUUAGUGGAUAACUGCUCUUCUGUCAGCAAACUCUCUACCAAAAUACUCUUCACUGCUCUUGCUGUUCUUGGUCUCUUCACUUGCUAUUUUGGACACAGAUUCUGGAAAACAGACUUAUUCUUCAUGGGCUUCAUAUUCACAGGAUUCUUCUUCUUUGUAUUCAUUACUAGGGUAACUGGCCUUGGUUAUGAUGUACGUCUUAUUUUGACAGCAGUGGCUGGAAUUAUCGGAGGGCUUGUCCUGGUUGUUAACUGGUGGAGAUUUGGAUCUGUCCUGUUUUGUAUGUUGAUUAUUGGACUUGUGCUGGGGUUUCUCUUCUCGUCGGUGAUCUUCUUCACUCCACUAGGAGAUUACAAAGUCUUUCGUGAUGAUGUUGUGUUCUGGGUGACCUUUUCUUGUGUGGCCUUGUUGAUUCCAGUGCUUUUUUUUGGCUGUCCAAGAAUUCUGAACAUAUUGGCUUGUGGAAUAGUAGGCUCUUACUCAGUGGUCUUGGCUAUUGCCUGUUAUGUCUACACAAGUCUUGCCUACAUCACCUUAGACCUGCUCAGAAGAAUCCUCAAUGAUUACUUCAGCAGAGCUUAUACCAAUGUGCCUUUUCAAACAAAUGACUUCAUCAUCCUGGCAGUGUGGGUAAUGCUGGCCCUCAGCGGAAUAACUGUGCAGCUUCGCCGAGAGAGAAGUGAGGUGCCCUUCCCACCGCACCCCUAUCUCCUUUGGAAGAGGGAAAGGGAGCGCAGAAGCACAAAUAUUUUAGACCCUAGCCAUCACAUUCCUCCCCUGAGAGAGAGGAUCCAUAACAAGCUGUUGCAGAUCAGAGAGGUCUUUCAGAAGGAGCAGCCAGCUGGGGAAAGAACUCCAUUGCUUCUAUAACCAAAUAACUGGUGGACACAGAGGAAGAGUCUAGAAAUGAUGUGAGAUGGGUGAUCAUCAGCAAACAGUGAGCCAAUGGUGCAGGCUUUUACCACCCUGCUUAAUGAAAGGAUGGUGUUUGCCCACAUUGGAAGAAAAGCAUUGAUCUGUCCAUACACUACAUGCUAUUCUGACUUUUUUCCUCAAUAGCCCACUCAGUCUGUUGUGACAUGCAUGUGUCUAGCUGCAGAGAGCUUGUGCUAUGGGUAAAGUACAGGUGUUUGUCUUAUGAUCUAGCUUGAUGUUUAAAUGUGAAGUAUAAAACAGCCCUUAAGGUAACCUGUACAGUGUCAGUUCUUCCCUCACAGUGUGAAAAAUCACUGCCAAACUACUAUCUGACUCCCAAAGGUGAGCAGCCUGUCAGCUUGCAAGGGAAGAAGAUAAGGACCAUAAACAGAAGGAGUUAUUUUAGCAGCAGCUGAAGUAUUAUGUUCAAAUAGGUACAAAAUUUAUGGCUGCAGAAAGUUGCUUCCAAGAAGUAUUACUGAACCUUGCAAGCUGUACUAAAUGACUUGAAUUCAAACUGCACUGGAUUAACUGCUGUAUGUGUGCACAUUAGGACUCAAAGUGAAGUCGUCGUGUCUCAUACCAGGUCUGUCUCCCCCGCUUUCAGUUGGCUCUGUAGCAAACUGGUUCUCUGGUUUCUGUAGAGACAACUGCUAAAAGAACACAUGAGGUUUGACUCCUUGCUUGCUUUCUGAACAGCCUGACUUGUUUAAACUCUGGUAUCUUCCCUCAUCUUUUGAUGGGGUGCUGUCAUUAAAAAAAAAAAAAAUGAAAUAAGCACUUCAUAGCCAAUGACAGUCUCUUCCUGAACUUGGUUGAAACACUAGCUAUUUUUUAAUCACUGAAUCUUUUAAUUUUUGCCUCUGAGGCAUGGAAAUGGCAUACUGCAGGCAAAAUACUGACCAGGGUCCUUGCUGACUGAAUGUGUUCCUUACUGACUUGGACUGAAUCUACCCAAAGUAUAAUGCAGUGUGAAAGGAGAUGGGGACCACCCUUUUAUUCAGUGGAGAACUACUAUCUUGUGUGGUGGCUUUAUUCACUUCCUUAAACAAAACCAAACCUAGCUUUUCUCAAAGUGCUAACUGGAGCGUUGUGGGGUUUGAUCACAUAAAUGCACAGUUCCAAGGCUUCCCUUGCUUCCCUUUUCCCUCUUCUCCACUCCAAAACCGGGUAUUCACCUUCAACAUUUACAUGGUGAUCUGUCAUGCAUUAAACAAGGGUUGAAGUUUCACAUCCCCUAUCUCGCUACAGGCUAUGGUGGCUUGUUCUGCUUCUUCUCCCUAUCCUUGUAUUUUGAAUAUGAGCAGCAAUGUGGGUAGUCCUUCCUAUAUGAACUUAAACAGAUGUUCUGUCAGUUGAAUGGAACUACAGCUAAUGAAUAACUGAAACAGACUUAAGUUUUCAGCCACCACUUUAAAUUUUCGGCAUAAAGUACAGGAGAAGCAACUUUUCAUAUGGAAAGUGCCAAGAGAACUUUUUUGGAGAACUCUCUCAAUUGAAGGCUAAAAUAUCGUGGUAGCAGAAAAGAAUUAAAAUGGCUCGACUGGUAGCCUAUUUCUCCUUACAGAAUGAAGACUUAUAACAUGAUGUAGCAUCUGAGGUAACUGAGCUGAUCUGACUGAGAGGGACAAUUCCCAGGGUUGCUUAGAGCUGGAACAUCUGCCUCAAACAGCUGAGCUAGGCUAAAAUCCUGCAGUUAGAUCUUGCUCCACUGGGCUGCUCUCCAUGGCAAAUGGGGGUGGCUGAGGGCAGUGCUCUUUCCCUGGCCUCUAGCAGACUGAUGCUCACUGGCUGCCUUUACAGCUGAUGCUGAGCAUAUCUUUGCCAUGUUUGAUGGCUAAGUAGCAGACACUUAUUUCGUAUACAAAUGCUCUUAAACAUGUUUACCUUCUGUUUUUAUAACUGCUGUGAUUAACAUUGUGGAAUAAGUUUAACUCUAAUAUUUUCUAUAACUUUUAUAAUAAA